AUGUUGAUCCAUUACAUUGCGAUAUUGUACUUCAUUAAAGUAUUAUGCCUUAAACAAUCUGCAGCCCUUGAAAGACAAAGAAGAUAUCUUAUAUUCACGCCAAGCACACAAUGGGGUGUAUUUGUCACGGUGUCUGUCCCACUGCCCGAACCAGAUACAUUAGUCAGUGUAGCGUGGUUCUUUGAAGCUAAUUACUACAACGUGGCAAACGCUUCAUAUUUUGAUCCAUUGCUUGGUGACGUUGAAACGUUCGUAGCUAUAGCCGUACCGCUGGACAUUCCUGAUAAAAAUGUAUUCGUUUCAUACAAUUUUGAAUCCAACUAUUCCGUUGUCACCAACAUCACCGAACUAGACGAAGUCAUUUUCCCCAAUCUUCCUGUCAUAACCAGCCGCCAAAGCCGUAGUAUCACUAGAGAAUUGACGUAUACCAUGUUGGAAACAAAAUUUAACGAACACGGGAUGAACGGCAAAGAAUGCUUGCUGCGGAAUAUAUGCGAAGCUGCGGAGACUCCGCUUUACCACAACGGGCUUCUGGGACAUAUUAUGCACAUUGUUUUCACUCCAUCUGCUUCAAAGGAGGAAGGUUUGAGCGAUGAAUACUACGAGGCGGAGGCUGACGGUCUACGAGGAGAUUGCGAUAAGUACAUGGAUGACUGCCCCUUGAGCCUCUUCGACUUCAUAACACGACUGGUCGAAAUACCACACAAACAAUAA